UGAUUAAUUCGAAAUAUGGCGGCCAACCAAGGCAUAAUAAAUUUGUGAACUUCUAUCUUUCAGUUCCUUUUUAUUCCAUUCUAAAGCGUUUCUUCAACAUUUCCGUGCUUGAAGCUCUAGCUUUAUUAAGAUAGAUAAGAAGUACCAAAUAUGGCUGAAGUGGAAAUAAAAUUGCCGUAUAAAUUACCGAAUUUCCACGACUGGCAACCACAGGCGACGUUUUACCACCCUUUGUAUGCUGGUAGUAUCGAUGGAACAGAUUUGUAUCCACAUGAUAGAGCUGUCGUAAGGGCAAUGUUAUCAACAUAUAAGCCAAACAAGAAUGUAGAUGGAGACCCAAACAAAACAUUGUUUGUUUCAAGACUCAGUAAAGAAACAAGUCAAGAUGCUAUUAAGAAGAUUUUUGAAAAGUUUGGUGAAUUAGAAAAAUGCCGAUUAAUUCGUGAUUUUGUAACUGGAUUUUCAAGGGGAUAUGCAUUUGUAGAAUUCAAAAGAAAAAAAGAUGCUUGGAAUGCAGCCAGGGAAACACAUAAGACCACUGUUGAUGGCAAACAGAUUUUAGUUGAUUUUGAGUGUGAAAGAAAUUUGAAUGGAUGGAAGCCUCGUCGUUUUGGUGGAGGCUUUGGAGGUCGAAAAGAAUCAGGGCAGUUGAGAUUUGGCGGCAUUGAUCGACCCUUUAGAAGGCCUCUUCCUGAAAAUGUGAAUCACUUUGCUCAUGCUGGCAAGAGUUCUCAAGGCUUGAAAGAUGAUCAAGAAACAGUGAAUAAGGAUCAUGAGAGAUAUGGCAUGCAACAGAGGGAUUAUUAUGAACAUAAGGAUAAAAAAGAUUAUGUUGAGAGUAAUGAUGAAAGAGAAAGAAAGAGAUAUAAAUCAAGUAGGCAUGAAAGUGACAGGAACCAUGGGAGUAGUAGUAGAAAAGAUCGCCAUGAGCAUCAUAGUAAAAGCAGGGGUCACAGCAAAGACUAUGAUGAUUAUCGAAGCAGUAGAGACUAUAAAGACAGGAAUUAUAGAGAGAGAAAGGAUUACAAAGAUACACAACAUGGCUAUAAAAGGUCUAGUCAUGGGGACGAUCGGUAUUACAGGACAGAGAAGAGAUCUAGGGAUAAAAAAGAUAGUAGGGAUAUGAGGGAUGAAGCUAGGAGUGAAAGUUCAAAUAGUUCCCGAAAUUGAAGUGUAUUAAAAUAGGGUUGCUGUUAUAUGCUCCGCCUCAGCAAAAACCGACCAUCCGUCUCAUACCUCAGCCAGUACAAUCAGAAAAUACUCGGAAAAGUGGCGCUUUCUCGAUAUGUGAGCAUUACCGAAUUAUAUAAUACAUUAGCUUAAUUGAUUGCUAGUAUUAGCAAUCGAUUUAAUUGAAUCUGCUAAACUAUGCCUUUGACCACACCUUUAUCAAGUUCCGUUUGUUCUAGACUACUGAGACUAUAAAGAAUGCUAGUUCCGUCCACAGAAAUCUAAAGCACGCUAACCCAGUGUAAUUCAAUCUUAACUGAAAUAAAACGCCUAGAAACUAGUGUACCACUGUACAUUAGUCCAUUUUUGGAAUACAAAAAUCCUAAAAAAAAACGUUAAACUAAAAAAAAAGCAUGAGAAUGAAGGAAUUUAUACAAUGUAUUGCACAAUUAAAGUGGUGACUAAUUUGAA